AUGGCGCACGCGACGCUCCUCCGCUCCAUGCGGCGACUCCCCACCUCAGCUCAUUCAGUGAUUCUCACACGCACAGCACCUCGUCGUACAGUCCAUGCGGGUGAAUUUCAACCAUUCGUCCCCCCAUCUCCCAGUUCCCUGGGAAAACCCGUCGCGGCCAAGACCUACACGCGCACUCGGAAAUGGCUGCGGCGACUGGUCUACACCUCUAUCGUGACGGGGAUCACCUAUGGAAUUGAUUCCCAGUUCUAUGCUUCUUCCUUAACCAGAACAGCCCGCACAUUCUCGGUCGGUCUUCUCGUUGCGUUAGACUACAAGGUCAACUUCCGACCAGAACCGCCCUUGGCCAGCUCCAUCGCAGCCGUGCAUGCCCGCAAUGCAGAGCGAUUGUCUGAUCUGCUGCGUGCCAAUGGAGGUCUCUAUCUGAAGAUGGGCCAGGCCAUCGCGAUGCAAUCCGCUAUCCUACCGCCCGAGUUCCAGGCUAUGUUCUCCCGCAUGUUCGAUGAUGCACCACAGAAUGAGUGGAAGGAGGUUGAGAAGACCAUUCGGGAGGACUUUGGCAAAUCUCCCGAGGAAGUCUUUGGCGUCUCUUUCACGGGCGAGCCUGGAAAGGGAGUGAUGGAAAGGCGAGCUCGCGCGAGUGCGAGCGUCGCGCAGGUUCACUGGGCUCGUUUGCAAGAUGGCCGGGAAGUGGCCAUCAAGAUUCAGAAGCAUGAGAUUGAGCAGCAGCUCGUCUGGGACUUGUGGGCAUUCAAAGCUGUGACAUGGAUCUACAGCAAAAUGUUCGACAUUCCCUUCUACAGCCUCGUCCCUUAUAUCAGCGAGCGCCUGUCCCUCGAGACAGACUUUGAAAACGAGGCUACCAAUUCGGAGACCAUGGCCCGACUGGUUGCGGCAGAGCCUCGCCUCCGUGACCGAGUAUACAUCCCCAAGGUCUAUCGCGACCUCACCUCUCGUCGAGUAAUGACAGCCGAGUGGGUGGAAGGUGUACGGCUGUGGGACAAGGAGUCCAUCACCCGUCCUUGGCGCGGUGGCUGGCGACAGGGAAGUCCUGGCUGCCAGGGAACUCCGCUGGAUGCUCCUGGCAGCAUGACUCCCACGCAAGAUGUCCGCCAGGGCCAGGCUGCCAAGCUCAAGCCCGAGCGUACGCACUGGAAGGGACUUAACCAGCGGGGUGGACUGGGAGUCUCUUUGAAGGACGUGAUGACGACCAUGGUCGACUUGUUCUCUGCACAAAUGUUUCUGUUUGGUUGGGUUCACUGUGAUCCGCACCCCGGCAAUAUCUUCAUUCGGCGAAAGCCUUCGGGUAAACCAGAGCUGGUGCUGAUCGACCACGGACUGUACAUCCACAUGGAACCCAGCUUCCGCCACCAGUAUGCGCGGUUCUGGAAAGCUCUAUUGACCUUUGACAACAAGACUCUGGGCGAAAUCGCCAAGGGCUGGGGUGUCAACAAUGCCGACAUCUUCGCAUCGGCCACAUUGCUCCGUCCCUACCGUGGUGGCGAUCUGUCAACGCAGCGCGGUAUCGAGGGAUUGAGUAAACGGGAACGAGCCGAACGACACUACGAGAUGCAGCAGGCCGCGCGUAAGGCCAUCCGUGAGAUUCUCGGCGACGAGAACAAAUGGCCCCGGGAACUGAUCUUCAUCGGCCGCAAUCUCCGUAUCGUCCAGGGAAACAACCAGUUCCUGGGUUCUCCGGUCAACCGGGUUAAAAUCACGGGAACAUGGGCCUCACGCGCCUUGAUCGAAUCGCCGGACCUGCCGUUGGCUGAAAAGAUUCGCAAUCUCGGCCGCCAUGUGGUGUUCCGCUUUGUAUUGUUGAGCAGUGAUAUCUUCUUCUGGUUCACCAAGAUCCGGCAGUUCUUGCAUCUGGGAGGUGGCAUGGAGGACGAUCUCGAGGCGCAGAUGCAGAACAUGGCCAAGGAUAUGGGGGUGGAUCUCAACCACGCUGUCUUUGAGGGAUAG